AUGGAGAAAGCCUUUGAUAGGAUAGAGUGGAGUUUCCUCAUUAAGGUUCUUAGAUGCUUUAGGUUCACCGACGACUUCAUUGACUUAGUUGAUGCAUGUGUUAGGGAGAAUCAUUUCUCUUUAUUGGUGAACGGUAGCUCCACACCAUUCUUCACGGCCACGAGAGGUCUACGACAGGGUGAUCCACUAUCACCCACCCUCUUCAUCUUGGUCGAAGAAGUCCUCAGUCGAUCCCUCACUCGAGCGAUCAAUCAAGGACUUAUCCGACCAUACUACUCGAAGAGGGGUUGUCCGAUCAUCUCACACUCCCUCUUUGCUGAUGAUGCGAUACUCUUCCUCAAUGGAUGUGAGACAUCGAUUAGAGGGCUCAUGAGUAUUAUCUCGAGAUAUGAGCGAGCUGCAGGUCAACUCGUAAAUGCGUCGAAGAGUAGCUUCACGGUAGGCCCUUCUACCCCCAUAGGGACCAUACGACGCAUCCAGGGCCUAAUAGGGUUCUCUCGUGGACACUUACCUUUUGACUAUCUAGGAUGUCCUAUCUUCCUCGGCCGUAGGCGCAUACACUAUUUUGACGCCCUAGUGGGUAAGUUGAGGAAGAAACUAGCGGGAUGGAAGAUACAGCUUCUAUCCCCUGGAGGACGGAUCCAGUUGAUACGCCAUGUCCUCAUGAGCAUGCCAUUACACCUUUUGGCAGUCCAUGAGGUACUAGACACCGUCUUACAAACUAUUAGACGGAUAUGCACGUCCUUCCUUUGGGAUGGACAACUUGAGGGACCUCGUCGCCAACGUCGAGUUUCUUGGGAGAAAGCAUGUCGACCUACGAAUGAGGGUGGCCUAGGUAUUAGGCGCCCUCAAGAUGUAUUCAACAUGCUUCAAAAGAAACUCGUUUGGAGGAUGAGGACCACACCAUCGGUGCUAGGCUCUUUUGUGUCAGCCAAAUAUGGUGAGUGGGCCCGACAGCCGGCCGACAUCAAAGGAAUCAAACGAUGGGCAGACUAG